CACCUUACCACUUCCACUGAACGGCACCAAACAAAAACGAGAUUUUACUAGUUCUUGUAGCGGAGGGAGCAGGAGCAUCGAGGCAGCCCACUGCCCAGUCCCAGUAAACCUAUAGAUUCCGCUAUCUACGGUACCCAUAUUUGCUCGGUGACCAUCCGUUCUUUUCGAAACUCGUCAGAUAAAAAUACGGACAACGAGCACCUGUUUAACCAGUGGUUCUACCUGUUUGAAAAGUUAUUCGUGAAAUCGUGAAUCGCGAUGAUGUUUUGUGCGUUGUUAGUAUAAUCUUUCCAAGGUAUUCGUCGCUUGUGAAAUCGUGUUCUUGUGUGAAAUUUAAUUUAAAAAGCUCAAAAAAGAACAAUGUCUACGGAAAAACUGAACGGAAAUUCGAAAACGCGCCUAUGCCAUAUUCAGAAAGUGGAUAAUUUCGAUGGGUAUGGUUUCAAUUUACAUGCAGAAAAAGGCAAGCCCGGCCAAUAUAUUGGCAAAGUCGAUGAAGGAUCGCCUGCAGAAGCUGCCGGCUUAAGACAAGGUGACAGAAUCUUGGAAGUCAAUGGUGAAAGUAUUGGCGAUAAGACUCACAAGCAAGUUGUAGAACUUAUCAAACAAAAUGCCGAAGAAACUCAACUUCUUGUAGCUGAUAAUGAAGAUGGUUCAAUAAUUCCUACAAAUAUUUCAGAACCUUUGAAAAAAACCGAAAAUACUUCUAAUAGAAAACAUGAAAAUAAUUUUUCGAGCUCGAACAAACAACACAGUCAAACUGAAAAGGAAGAAAAUAGUACCUUGAAUCUCAGCAUGACUGCAGCUGAACUUAGAGCAAAACUGGCGGCGAAGAAGAAAUUCGAUCCAAAAAAGGAAGCAAUGGACUUUAAGCAAAAAUUUGAUAUUGUUCAGAAGUUGUGAUGGCUUUAGUCUUUUAAUUAGGUAAAAAUACUUAUGUGAUUUUGUUCUCACUCAGAAGUGACAAUUAUUAUCUUCACGCUUUGGUAGGAAUUUUAAUUUUUUACGCAUUUUUUUGAUAUAGGAAAAGCACUACUCACUGUUUAAAAUAUGCACAAUCAAAUAGUAUGUUAUUCAAAAAUAUAAAAAUACUGUCGCUUUUUACAUAGCCAGUGAUGAUGUUCAAUCACGUACAACCGCUUUCACUAUCUUCUGUUAAUUUGAAAUCCUACCAGUCUUACCACAUCAGAAAGUUUAGUAAAACAUACAAAUGUUUUUAUUAUCUAUUUAUUACAUAUUUUUCACUGGUUUUAAUAUAUUAUUGCUUGUUUUAAUAGUCUUGUCGUGGCCAUAAUACAAUUAUUUCAAGCCAGGCAAUUAUUGCAUUAUCCAAUAUUUUGUAAUCAAAAUUCGUUAAAAGAAAGAUAAAAAAAGAUUUGCAUACUUACAAUUUUUGAAAUGAAUGUCCGAAGCAAUUAUUAAAACUAUGUAGUCAGUGGUUAGCCACAAAAAAGAAAAUUUAAUUUUAGAAAUUGAUAAUUAGGUAGAAACUGUUAAAACUUUUGGUUAAACUAACGCCUAAUGGGUUUAUUCAACUUCCACUUUUUAAAGCUUAUUUCAUGUUUCAACAGGAGGCACUUUUCUUGGAAUUUCGGUAAUUAAGUAUUUGAACGUCAAAUUGAAUUCGUAUUAGUUAUAUGAUUUCCGUUAAAAUAAGAGCCGUCCAAAAAUUAGUUAAAAUAGGUACCUAUAUAUUUUGUAAUGUUUUUUUUUAAUCGAAAUAAACAGUACCUAUGUAGGUACCUAUAGUGAUAUUUACAGCUUUUUGGAAUUCUUUCUUCUUGAAAUUUUAUCUCUAUUUAUUGGCCCUAUAAACUUAUCCUUCCUAGGUUAUAGGAUUCCUAGGAGAUAUACUGGGAAGCUGCACCUGGUCCCCCAAUAACAAAAAUCAUACCUUAGCUUCUUGAAUUUUAUGAAUUUAGAGCAGGGUGCCCCAUCUAAAAUUAUUGCUUUUUCUCCACCUUGUUAUUUGCAAAAUAAAACAAACGAGGUUUGAAAAAUGGUGGGUGGUCUAAAAUUGAAAUAUUCUAAAAAUUAUUGGCAUUUCUAAAUUAAUCGAACAUUUUUGAGGUUGUUCUCCUAUGGAUACACUUUGUAAGUAUAAACGGUGAUUGGCUUGAAAAGAAAUAGUGCCCUAGGUAUCAGUUUUUUCGAAAAAAAAAAAACCAAAUAAAAGGUAGGUGCCUAUUUUUUCUGACCAAAUUUUGUAUUUUCUAAUAAUACUACUUCAAUAUAUAUACAGGGUCGCUAUGAAUAAAGUUAUGUUUUCUUGUUUAUAUUUGGAUAGCACUUGAAAAGAUAAUUUCAAUAAUGUAUCAUGAGACGGAUAAUUUUAGGUCUGUUUCUGCAGAAAUCCCAAACCAGUCAGAGCGAAUUUCAUUGGUUGAAAACAGUCAGAAAACUAGUUUCAACCAAUGAAAUUCACUAUGACUGGUUUGGGAUUUCUGCAGAAACAGACCUUUUGUCUUUAAAAAAUAUCCCAAGCUCAAAAUUCUGCCAAAAAAAUAUGUAUACAGCUAGAUCUUCCACAAAAACAAAUUGAAUGUCAUCUUGCUUAUGAAUAUCUGUCAAAUAUCCAGAAAAAAUUAUCGAGUGAGUGACGUCAUUCACAUUGGGAAAUCCCUUUUAUUCCUUGAAAAUAUUAAAUGGAACCUCCGUUUCGAAAUGAUUCAUCAUCAUUGUUCUGUAGUUGAAGUACCUACCUACUUAUCAACAGUUUUUCAUUUUGAAGGGUGCGCAGGAAUAGGUACAUAAAAAAAAAAUUAAGAAUAAAGUAAUAAAAACAAAUAAAAACAUUGGUAAGAUUAUAAAAAUAUUUAUUCACAAAUACAUAGAAAAAAAUCUCAGUACAUUUUCCACAUGUCCGUCGUUUUGAGCAAUGCAUGUUGUGUAUCUCAUUUCUGUAUGAGCAUUGAGCAAUUGCGUUUUCGAUAAACUCCGAGUACUUUUCUUAUUAUUUCAUUGGCGUAGCUAGAUAUGCCGGCGCCAGGGGGCAAACGUAUCGGCUGGCGCCUAAGCUAAGUCUUUCUUUAUUAUACCUAUUAUGUAAAUCUUUUCAUGAGCAUCAAAGAAAGCUCUAGAACUUUUGGACGAUUUUCAAUAUGUUCUAGCGUUGUAAAAGCAUUAUAUAACAUUAAAUUUAAAACUCUUGGAAUCAUUUAGAAACUUUCAAGAAUAAACUAGUAGAAAAGAAUAUAUAUGUAUGAGCAUUCUAAAACCUUCUGGAACGUUUUAAAAGAAAUUCAGAACUUUGAUGAUAAGCUCCAGACGAUUUUCAGUUUUUAAUUUUUUCACCCUUAUUUACAAUUUAGGAUUCAGAAACAUUGUAAGACGCUCCAGAACAGUUCAGAACCAAUUUUGAAUUUUGAGAAACAUUCCAGAACGGUUUCGAACUUUAAGCCAUAUUUUGGAAAGCUUAAGAGACCUCGAAAUUGAAAUUUUCUUGAUCAUUUUACAGCGCUCCAGAACACUUUACAAAUAAUUUGAAACUUUUGCUACCACUCUAGAAUUAGUUGACAAGUUCCAGAACAAUUUAAAAAUCAUUAAGUAGGUAUAUAUGACUUUAGAACUUACUCAAAAUUUUCUAUAGCAUAUUAGAACGUUCUAAAAUAUUUUAAAAUUUAUUUACAAUUUUCAGAUGUGUCAUAGAACGUUCUCAAACAUUUGUUUGAUAACUUUUAGAACGUCCUAACGAUUCAAAAGCAUUGUAGAACCAUUUUAGAACUAUUUAUAUGAAGCAUUUUGGAACGCUUCAGAAUAGGCUAGAGCCUAUUUUACAAUAAAUUUAAUUUCUCAAGAAAAAGACCGAGCCUCAGGCGCCUAUUUUUUUUUUGGCGCCGAGGGGCCCGUGCCCCCCCCCCCCCCCCCGGUAGCUACGCCACUGUAUUAAUUAUUCCUGACACAGUUGUACAAAUCCGAGUAAAAAUCGAUUAACCGGUCCAGGAUAAUUUCGUUGCAGUCGAAUUCCAGGUGAAAACCGCUGCAAAACUCAGUAUGCCACUUGUUAUUUGAAGUUUCAUACAUUUCCAAGUUCAAGGCUGCUAUUCAAAAACUUCUACUCGCCUAGCAGGUUGCUAAGCGAGUAGAAGUUUUUGGAUUUUUCGGUAAAAUGUACGAGCCCAUUUAAAUUUUCUGUUUGGCGCUUUUCGCUUUGGAAAUUUGGAGACGAAUUCCCCGAAUAUUUUCGAUCUGCCAAGAGAAAUUGAAUUUGGUGCAAAAUACAUCAGUGAACUCUGGAAUAAAGGACCUCAGACCAAUAUUAUGGUGUAUCAAUGAAAUUGUCUUUCCAAGGGCUAUCUAGAUAAAUAUACAAAAAUACUGCGCGUUCUAUUCAAGAUUAAUGUGGUAACUUCACUCACUAGAUAAUUUUCUUUUGGAUUUCUGACAGAUAUUCAUAGCAUUCAAUUUUUUUCUGUAGAAACAAGGAGAUCAGAGCUGCAUUCAUAUUUUUUUGGCAGAAAUUUGAAUCUGGGAUAUUUUUUGAAGAGAUUGAAGAGAAAGAAUGAUGAGUCAAAAAUGCGCUCGACCUUCGAUUCAUGGAGCUAUGCAAAAUUGAAUAACCCACAACGUAUAGGUAUUAUACAGGGUUAUUCACUAUAGGUAUUUUGACCCCCAACAUGCAGCCUUUACCUUUACAGGUAGAUGAUAGGUGUAAAUACAAAAGUUGUGCAGUUUUAGCUAAAUUUUUAGAAUCCAUCGUCAGAAACAAAAAAUUAUUGUCAGAAAUUUGAAAUUUUGCCUACUUUCAACUUUUUUCGAAAUAUUCUUGAAGAGCACAAUUUUCCGUUUCUAAAAAUAUAUAGUUUGUCUAUAUUUGGUGAAACCGUUUCCAACAUACUUGGCUCUAAAAAUUAUAAAAAUACUAUUAAAGGAACCAAGUGCCUCAAAUUUUACCUGCAGCUAUCCCCUUUAAAGGUGAAUGGUUCACAAAAUCUAAGUCAGUAGUAUAGUAUUUUUACAAUUUUUAGAGCCAAAUAUGUUGGAAACGGGUCAACCAAAUAUGGACAAACCAUAUAUUUCUGGAAUCAGAAAAUUGUGCUCUUCAAGAAUAUAGAAUCAAAUAUAGGGCAUUCCAUUUGAGAAAAGUUGCAAGUAGGCAAAAUUUCAAAUUUCUGACAAUAAUGUUUUGUUUUCUGCACAACUUUUGUAUUUACAUCUAUCAUUCACCUGUAAAGGUAAAGGCUGCAAAUGGGGGGGUCAAAAUAUAGUGAAUAACCCGGUACCUACUCUAUAUUGAGGAAGCCAUAUCAAAAUGAUUGAAAAAUACAAGAUUUCGUUAGAAUAAAUUUUUAAAAAAUUAUAUUUUUUUUUUUCGAGAAAAACUAAUAUUUUUCAAUGCAAGGUAGGUGCUAUCCCUUUUUAAGUCAAUCGACUAUUUCAGUACGUUUGUUUACCAUCACAAAAGUCUGAAAUUUUUAUUUACGUUUCAAUUAUUUGCACUCGUACUUUAAUAUGCAUGUGCGGUAAGCGAUAAAAAAAUUUAGCAAUUAGACACCUGAUCAUGUUCAUCAUCAGUAAAACUUUUCAGUGAAUCAGAGGAAGAUAACGCUUCAUUUGAAUCACCUGAUAAACUGAAUUCUAAACACAUUACGAAAUAGUCAAUGGGAAAUUACGGGGCCAACAAAUGAUGAUGCAAUCAUUAUGAAUAAUUAUUAUUCAAGAGAUGUCAUUAAUAUGAGUAUUAAGAAAAAACGCUCACAUAAUAGUACAUUAAAAUACAAGUUUCAUAAGACGACAUUUUAUCGCACGAGCCCUAUAUUAGAAAACGAGCCGGAGGCGAGUUUUCUAAAGGGCGAAUGCGAUAAAAUGUCUUAUGAAACGAAUAUUUUAUACUAUUUUUUCUAUUUUGGUAUUGUUUAAUUUAGAAAAAAAACUUUUCUUGGAAAUUUUAUUCUCAUAUUUCCUGAUUUCAUAUGUUUAGGUUGGUAACACUACAUGCCAAAUAUAGAAAUCUUCUAUUAUUUUUUUAUAGUGAAUGACAGUUCGAUGGCCAUCAGUCAGCCAGUGUUACCAACCUCCGAUAAGUGAAAAAGGAGUGUCACAAAGAGUUUCUCUUCGAAACUACUUUUAGUGUCGAAAAGACUUCGAUAUGACACCAAAAUAGAAAAAAAUAUGUUUGUCCAGUGCUAGGGUAGAGUGGCACGUGAGAAAUUGAAGCUUGUAGGCCCAAUUAUUAUCAAAAUCAUAAAGCUAUAUGUACCUAUAUUUAAAAAAAAAAUUAAAUUGCCUGACGCGCAGUUGUUCUGGUUUCCCAAGUUAUGGAGCGUCAAAGUGUGAUAUUUUGAGAGGUAUUGUCAUAAGUAGGUACUUGAGACAUAAGAACGAAUGAUAUUCGGUGAGAUUAUUUCCUGAUUUUUUUGUUUUGACAGAACCUAUCGAAAAUUUUUCCAGCAAAAUUCAUGCAUGAUCUGUCAUACAAUUUUUCCACUUGAAACAAUGUUUGACGUUGACGUGCGUUUUUGUGAUGAGAGGAGGGAAAAUAAUCACAUAAAACGCACGUAGACGUUUAAUAUUAUGGGUAUGAUAUUUUUUAUAAAUUUGUUCCGUAAAUUUCCAUUUUCGUUAGUAUGGUAGGCUGUAAAAUUCCGACAGGCUUUACAAUAAAACCGUUGCACAUUUUUAUCGUAUUUUUUUUUAGGCGAUAAGAUUGAAUUUGGCUUCCUGUUAAAUGUUGCAAGCUUGUGAAAAUCUUAUAUAGACACAGGUUUUGCAUAAUGAUUAUCCCUAUAUGCUUUAGAGUAAAUUAAGAAUGCGUCUUCACACAUGUUUUUAUGUACCUACUACUUAGGUACUUGUAUCAUAAUGGCAUUUGAACAUUGUUUAUAUACAUAUUUAAAUUAGAAAUUUAAUUUCCACUGUCCUGGAACUAAAAUAUAUCAUGGGCAUUUUUGCGGAAAAAGACUGAAGGUUAAUCAUUUUUACAAAAUUACUCCCUGGACUAUAAUUAUUUUGUUAUCUAAGUAGCUAUUUGAAUAAAAAAUUCAUAAAAUAAUGAUUUCAGAAAAAUGCAUUAAAAUAUGAUGACAAUGAACAUAAUAUAUUUAUUAUAGUAUAACUUUCUAUAACAGUCAAUGUUCAAUUAAUUAUUAAUAAUAACAACAAUAUUAAAUUAUUAUACAGGCAGAUAGCUUUUAACAUAUUCAAUUUACAUAUUCUUGAGAAAACUGUAUUCAUAAUAAAUUGUUAAUCAAUCCACAUCCUUUCAAAAUUUCAAUUGCAAUGCCUUCCAUAAUUUCAAAUUCGAUAAGGUAAACCCAUCAAUUUUUAUGCAAUAAUGUAUUGAUCAGACUUAUCAAAAAUUGUGUGAAACAAAAUUUAGAACUAAUGGCGAAUCAAUUAAGGAUACCAAGUGGAGGUGGAAGAACUGGUCAUUUAUUCGCGGAAUGCCGAAUUCUUAUUACGUACCUACUAUUUUAAUUUAAUUUCAUAAAUCAAGAUCCGGAAGCCAAGGUUUAUAUGACUAACUAUUCCUCUGAUUAAUUCAACCUACUGAUAAUUGGAUGAAACGUCAUUUUCCGCUGAUUGUUUGAAAAAUUAAUUUGAUAUCAGUUUUGUAGUUUUGUCUUCUACUAUAAAUAGGGCAAGGUCACACACACAUCACGCAAAUCAUAGGCAUUCUGUAUACAAUUAGCUAAAUAAAUAUUUGGUGGAUUUAUUACGAGCGUUCAUGGCUCAUGCCCUUUAAAUUUUAUGCCUUUUUCUUCGAUUUUCUGAAAGGAAAUAUGGACUUGUCUUUUGUCUUGUCAACUUUUGGAAAAAAUCGGAAUGAUAUCAAGUUUGAAACAGACAGUGCAUUCUUUUAUUGUUUUUUAAACUUAUUUUCAAUCCUUUGAAAGUAUGCUGAAAAAUAACAAUUAUGUGUGAGUUCUAAAUGAAUUUUUUGGGAAAAAAAGUUCACAUUUUCUUCUAGAAAAUUAUUUUGUACAAUUCUUGUCCAAUGAAGUUGAUAUUAUUUUGUCGUUCUCAGGUAGAAAAUGAUGCUGCAACUCGAAUAAUUUGGCUACAUACUCAGGAAGACAGAUAGUCAUUAUUUUUCGCGUGCCGAUAUUGAUAAAUUUUGUAAUUUGACCAACGACUUUUGUAAUUUUUAGUUAAACUUGAUGCAAAUUCGUAUCACGGGGAUAUUUAAUUCGUAGAUCGAUUUCCUCAGGUACGGUCUCUUUAAUGUUCCUUGAUUUUCAUCUGUAUGACUAGCGAAAACAAAAAAAACUCACCUGCACUUUUCCGGACUCUUCAAACUUGUUCAAAAUGAAAUAAUGGUUUUAUUAAAGUUUUUUUGAAGGCUAAAAUUCUUAAUUUACACUUUAAAUUAUAUAAAGUAGGUAUCACGGUAUCACACCCUAAUCAUAAUUAAAUUUACAAGUGAACUUUUGUGCUCAUAUUUUUAUCAAAGAUUCCAAUAACUGUUUAUUUUAUUUUUCCACAGUUGGUAUUCAUCAUAACUGGAUUUAAAAUUAUUACUCCUAACAUCUUCCAUUGUGUAAUUUGUUACAUUACUGUAUUAUUCCAGUAUUUUUUGAGUUAAUUGUUUUUUGUUUUUUUCACCCAUAUACCUACCCAUAAAAAUUUUCUUGAUUUAGCAUUUCUGAUGUUUCCAAAAUUAUAAAGAGGUAUUAAAACGUGCAGACAUAAAAUUAGGAGACAUCUCAUUGAAGAUGAUCCUAUUAUUUAAACAAAUUCCCAAUAGUUGACAAUAAUCGAGAAGUUACCUAGUUUCAAAGAAAAUAUACUAGGUAUACCUACAUACCGCUAGUACAAAGAAGUUUGGUAACUACCUAUUUUUUUUUUUUUUAUUUGGAUGAAGUUUGGAGAUUCACUAUAACAUGAACAUUCCUUUUUUUUUCGUGCGAGUUUCAAAGAUUUCCUGGAUGGAAGAUUUUUUUAUAAAGGUGUUUUAGGAAAACUGCGAGUUUCAGAGAUGUUUUAAUUGUUCUCUAUUUUCGCAUUUUCGCAUUUUCGCAUUUUCGCAUUUUCUUUCCAUCACAGCGUAGCUUUAUCCUAAAGUGGGUAAAUCUACGCUGCAUCGAUUAUUUUUCUAGUUAACUUUUGAAAGUGGAUACCAUUAGCUAUAAAGUAUGCAUCAAAUUUGUUUCUUACUUCUCUAUAGAAUGACAUGCAAUAAAAUUGCAUAAAAUUAAGUUACGCCACAGGCCACACAUCAACUAAAUUAUUUUUAAAUCGAGUAGCAUCAACUAGUUUUAACAAUUGCCCGACCUUGCAAACAUUAAAAGUAAAUUGUGCCCCAAAUUGAAAAAGCACUGUUGUAUUGCUUAUUAUAAUAAUGGGGGCUUAGCCAUAAGCAUAAAAGUUGCCUAAUUAAUAGAUAGAUUGACACGUAUAUUUAAUUAAUGUAUCACCUUUAUGGAUGAACAUCGCAAUCGCAGUCUUAUUGUAAAAGCUGAGCGUAUUUUUAAUGAUGUUAGCAAAUGUAAGGAUUGCUAGAAUAAUUACUUCGAACUUGUUAUAGUCUAAGGUGUUGAGAUUUUAACUAUUAACCAAUGAAAGCAAAGCAGGGCCCAUUUGAAAUUUCUUUUCAAAUAUUUUGUUAGACUUAAUAUAUUUUUUUAGUGUAUGUAAUGAGAUUACGACUUAUAAAUUAACAAUCAUUAAUAAUAUUAAAAUAAUUUAAUGUAAGGCUAGGUUAAAUUAUUAUAUUUAUUCAAGGUGUUUCUCCUGUGUCCACAUCUUUAAACCUAAUAAAGGUUGUGUUUGUUAAUAUCUCCUGUUUGUUUUUUAUUUUUGUUUUUUUUUAUUUGAUAAAUAUCUACAUAUAUAGGGUAUUUAUUGUUGCUAUUUUUAUCUGGAAGACUUCAGCGAAAUCGUAUUAAUAUAUUUCAUUUCUUUUCACAAACUAAAGGUAAAUCUAAAGCUUAAUCUACCCUUAUACAGAAUAUCUAGUGUACAAAAAUAAAAAAAUAACAAUUAAUAGUACUUGCUAAAAUGAAAUUUGUUGUAGCUAUAUAAUAGGGUAAUUUUCUUGUUUUAAGGACUGUGGGAUAAAUGUGAAAUGUUGAAGGUACAUAAUAUGCUAGAAGUUCAAUGUUUAUGUUAUUUAGUUAUCAUUUAUAGUUAUAUGCCCUAAUCAGUAUUUUAUUCUGGAGAUUCAUGAUAUACCUACCUAGAGUAGGUAGUAGGUAGAUAUGGGGAACACUAAAUUUAAUCUUGGCUUAUUUCUUUACGAUGUUAAAAAAAUUAAAAGUCUUGCUCUAAGGUAAAAAUGUUAUCAAACAAUAAACAAUCCAUACUUGGUCAUAAAUUAUAAUGAUAAAAUAUACUUAGUUGAAUUAUAUAUUUUUGUAGUUUCACUAUCUAGUAGCUACUAUAGGCAUAUUGUAAACACUUUGGCCACAAAUAAUAUUAUUUUAUUAGUCGGUAGAUACAUAUUAGGUAGGUACAUAGAUAUUUUAGUGUAAAAUUUAACUGUUAUUUAAAUUAAUCAAUAAAAAUAUAUCAAUUAAUAAAAUAGUUUUGCAAUAA